UAUGGUUAAUGCAAGAAAAAUUGUCAUCAAUUAUUUUGCAUGUGUUCUUGAAGAUAAGUACAGCUUCAAAGAUAAAUAUCGGUGGCAGCAGUUAUUUCGACAUAGAGCGGAUGAAGUUACCCCCAUGAUGCCUGUUAUGCUGAUCCAGCACCACUUAUUGGCCRCUGACGUAUUCGAGUGCUUUACCGUUCGGAUGACGGUAUCCCAUUCACCGGCACACCGGGCAAUGCGCUACUACCGUAUCUGGAUAUACACGUGCAACACCGUGCUCAUGGUGUGCGUCGUGUGCUUCGUGGUGAUCGCCUACCAGCUGGUGGUGGCCGACCAGCGGCGGCACCUGGUGCCCGGCCUGGACCUGUGCCAUCCCAGCCUGCUGUACGUGUACGCCGCGCUGUUCGUCCAGUGCACCGUGCUGCAGAUCGUCGGCUUCCUGGGCGCCCGGUCGCUCAGCGAGCGGCUGCUCAACGUCUACUGGCUGCUGCUGCUCGGCCUCCUGGUCGGCGACGCCGUUCUGGGCGUCUACUGGGUGUACAGGUACGACAAGAUGGUGGCCCGGCUGAAACCGGCGCUCCGGGACCGGUUGGCCGUCGACUACGGCCACGAUCGGCAGUUCACGGCCGUCUGGGACGACCUACAGCGCGACCACGAGUGUUGCGGCGUCAACGGGCCGCCCGACUUUUUCAACGUCACCGUGCAAGUUGCCGUUGAACACUUUGUCGAUUAUACGACAGUGCUGCCGGAUAGCUGCUGCUACCAUAAACCAGAAGCAGUGGCGUCGCCAUUCCGAAGGGACUACUGGCAGCCACAGACAACAACUACUACUGUAUGGACCACGGUCCAGGCGGAAGAACACGACAAUAUGGAAGAGAUGCCCAUCAAGUGCCGGCUCAAUUCAUACCGGUACUACUACCCCGGAUGCGAACGAGCGCUGAUGGCAUGGAUACGUAGAAGUGCCGAUGUCCUGUUCGUCCUCGGUUACUGUGUCAUAUCAUUUUUGAAACUGUGUUUUCUAGGCAUUUUAAGGUACGAAAUACGAGAAAUGAUACAAAAAAUAAAAAUACUUCAUGGAGAUACAGCUCGACUAGAAUUAGUCAAUGUACCCCAACAAGCUACAGGGAAGUUGUUACAAAAAGUUGAACAUAAUGGUAGCGUAGUACGUGUAUCUACUCCUAUGAGACAAGACAGUCAGAUAGAAGGAAGUUUAGAUGCAGUGAAACCACUUCUAAAAGGUCGUUCAAUAGAAGCGACAUUCAGGGUAAAGUCCUCGAACACGGACGGCAACGAAUCAGACACUAAUAGCCAUAGUGCGUUAUUAUUGUGUGAUGACAAACGAUUGACAGGCUCAUCUAGUAAGAGUAACUACGAACUUCACGAGUUAAGAGAUGUAAAUCGACUACUAACCACCAGACAUAAGAAUCAAAUAUGACUACGAAGAUGCGUAGCCGCUUGGUUUCGAGUGAUUGACAGUAACCAAAAAUUUCCAUUGUUGGCGACACCAAAACCGCAUACAAUUUAUUAAACAAAAAAAAUAUUAUUAAAAUUGGAAGUUACAUUUUUUACGUGAUACCUACAUAUUAAAU